AUGCCUCUGUGGGUACCUUUUCUUAAAUGCUUGAAUAAAACUAGAAAAAAUGCCUAAAAAGACGUGGUAGAAGGGAAUAGUCAUUUCUGAAUUAUUAGCCAAUCAGCAUCGAGUCAAGCGUCGUCGAGUUCAUCAACGAAACCUUUUGACAAUGCGAGGUGGUGACUCUUGAUGCAGAAAUAUUUCGGUUCAUAUGUUUACUGAUGCCCGCUUUAUUCAGUAGUAUGCAUCGAUAAUAUAAGGCGCUCAAGGAACUACUUAGUCGCCUCUCUCCCUAUAUAUUUCUGUGUGCUUUUGUGCAUUCAAUGUCAAGUAAUGGCAGGAGUCAGUCAUACCCUGCCUUUAAGUGCGGAACGCCUGGAGCUGGAUCACGAGACCUGUUGGUUGAAGUCUAACGCCUCCAACCACCGACCCGCAGGCUCAUUAUCUUGUCAGUUGCGAUCGGCAGACGGACGCUCUACCAUUGGGGGCGUUGGACUUCUAACAAACGGCCUACGGAAUCGAGCCCCAGGUGUUACACACCUCGGGAUUGACUUUGACUGGCUGACGAUGGCUAUAAUUAGUCAGAAAUGACCAUUCCAGUCUCCUCUGUCUUCGUCGGUAAUAGUGCUCUAACAAACAGAUUGCUGGGGUCUUGCAAGACGGCAACUGUGAUUUCCAAAACGUCAAACGUUUAUAGCGUAGCCGUUGACUGGAAACCUUAGCAAUUGAAAUGACGACUUGGAUCAUUAUGAGAUGAUGGCUUUUUGAGACUGCGCAGCAAGCUCAUCCUCCCCUGCAUGCUUCACCUGCUAUCGCAUGAGUGAUUUAAAGGUCUCACCUCGAGGCACAGAGUUCGUAGGUUUCAUGCCGCACCCUCAGAGUUCUGAGUCAGUUUCCCUAGCGGAUGCUAAAUAUGCUUACAGCGGCGGUGGUCUACAGCAUACCAUCCCUUAAUUGCAAUGCGAGAUAUGUUGGUGCCGCACGGAAUCUUAUAGAUGACUCCUUUUUUAUCCAAAUAGCCAACUCUGUCCUCCGGGUGUACAAACUGGGUGAGUAGAAGGAGUCUCACGGAUCGAGUCACGGGACACACUCGUUCCGUUUUGUGCCUGGGAGUUCUUGUCUUUCCUCUCUUAUCUGCAUAAGCAGCACCACGCACGUCCCAAUUUUUCGCGAAUUAGGUCACUCACUGUAUGGUCACAGACACUGUUGACAGAGUGUACGCGUGUGUGCACCUAUCAGACAAACACCGGCACCUUUUGAGUUUUUUUAUUCUCUCUCUCUCUCUCUCUUGUUUUAUUUUAUCGUUUUCAUUAUGAUUAGUUAAUAAUAAGUCAUACUCUGCUAUAAUAUGCACGCCACAGGGGGACUUAAUAAAAAGUUCUUUGAAUGGCAGUGCAGUUUCUUGGAAAUCUAUAUGACUCUGAAGCCCAAAAUGAGGCAGGAUUUGAACAUUGACUACCGACAGUGCUAUAGCGUGCUUCGAUUAGAUCUCAUGCGUCGCCUGUAUGGCUCAGGCGCUGUCUGGGGACUCGAAAGAACUGCUGCAGGUAGGUCAAGAAAGGGAUCCGUUAUUCAAUUAGAGACCAACGACCCGUACUUGGGCAGAAUGCAGAUCGGAGGGGAUAAACGCAAGUGACAGACCAAACGCUUGGGCCACGAGCACGGACCUAUGGCAACAACAUAGGCAACCAAGCGCCAGUCGUCAGAUCACAGGAGUGCAAAGAACUUUUUAAACCAGUUUACCCCAUAAGAAGAUCUUUUCAGAUUCAGGCCUUAAUGACUUACAGUGGUGUGGCUUUUUUGGCUCGACAGACGACCCGGAACCAACGAGAAGCGUUUUAUGCGACCAAUCCUCAGCCGGACCCUUUGGCAGCUGAACGCCACCAACGAAGCCUACAAGCGGGUUCGUUUGAAUUUUCCUCUUCCUGUAACAUCGGAUUUACCGAAGAGGUGAAACCUCACUAGUCGUUUGGUUUUUCGAAAGUUAAUGGUUAUGCCAUUGAUAUUAAUAGUAGCAUUACUGGUGGUGGUGGUUAUGGUGAUGUCAUUAUUGGUGGAAUUAAUGCAUUUGUCCGUAGAACGGGCCGCGCGGUAGAUUGGCUGCACCAACAUGGGAACUGGGUUGGAGUCCAGCAGGUGUUAUGGGGAAGCGCGCGCCCAUGGCAAAUGUCAGCGUUGGGGUGUGAUGGCACACCAAGGUGCAGGCCCAGGCCGCGUCGAUUGGGAUGCGAGGCGUCCUCGUUUUCUUUUUGGCAUAGAAUUCUGUUAUUUGUGUACUUUGUGGACCAGCGAGUGUGGGGGUACGACUGGGUGCGGGUUUUCGCCGUGUCAGCCACCUGCGUCCUCACCUGCCUCCAGUAAUUUUUUAUUUUGUCUCUACACCGGAUCUAGAUGGGGUAGGAGGAGGAGAGAGUGCAACAGAUGCUGCGCAAGCCUACCGUCACUGUAAAAGAAAUCACGUGCAAGCCACUGUCCCUGCUUCACCCUUCUGUGGAGCACACGGUGGACAUCCUCGGUCACAAUGGUCGAACUGUCGGUAUUAGUGCAAGCAGUAAUGGUAUUAGCAGUCGUGUCAGUACUGGCGAUAGUAGUAUCACCAGUGCUAAUGAAGUUGAUAGUAGUGUUAGUAGCAAUAGUAUUUGUAGCGCAGUAGAAGUCAUGAUGAUAGUAAAAGUAGUAAUAGUAGUAGUAGUAGUAGUAUCAUUGGUGAUAUCAGCGGCAGUGAUGUUAGUGAUAGAAGUUGUAGCACCCUUAAUAGUAAUGGUAACAGUGGUGGCAUCGAUGGGUGCAGUAACAUUGGCUGCAUUACUAGUGAUAGCAGUGGUGCUACUAGUAAUAUUACUAUCAGUACCAAUCGCCUUAGGGGCAACUGUUAUAUUAGAAGUUGUAGCAGAAGUGGUUAUAGCAGUAGUAGUAUUGGUCGUAGCAGUAGUAGUAGUAGUCGGAGCGACAGAAUGUACCAAAACCACAAAGUAGCCCAGAGCUCAUCAGGCCCCGUUUACUGCCUCUGCCAUAUGCUAUAACAGCGUUUAUCUCGAUCUGAACUUUCACAUAGCGGUUAACUAUCAUGAUUCUUCUAACACAUCACUUGACUGGACUCUCAUUAAUGCUUCUAAGCAUUUUUUAGGCAACAAGCUCGGUAAUUGUAUGUUUUCGACUACCUCUCUUCAAGCCGAUGCGUUAGCACAUGUAAUUGGAUAUCGACCGGUCAAAAGGUCUGAAAGCGUGUGCUAUGCCACUAUCAGCAAACCAUGGCCCUCGCAGUCUGUUAUGCGCUGGCAGUUCCCUAACACCUGGUUCCCUGCCAGUAGAUGAGUUGGCGCUCCCGCUGGGUAUACAGGCGGUGGGCAUGGCUGCCCAUUCAUCCCCGUUCUCCCGACCACUAUUGGGGUGUUGUCUUUGUUGGUCAAAAGACCUGGUCAUUUGCUGUGUGGACCAGGGGGUUUGGAGUGGAACGCCAAGGUGCAGGCUCCACUUGUGUCCCCCGCCUCUAGUCCUUUUGACUCUGUCUUGACAGCGGGUCCCGAUGGGGAGGAGAAGAGAGUGUGGUAGAUGCUGUGGAGGUCUACAUUCACUAAGCUAGUUCACGCGCAAGUCGCUGUGUCUGCGUCACCUUUCAGUGGAGCACACGGCGGGCAUCGUCGGUAACGACGGUCAAACUGUCGAAUAUCGGCUUCACGUCCAGCGCUGGAAGGCAGGACGUAAACAGUGAGGCGAAGUGAGGUUGUCUACCAAAAUGCGUCGGAGUUGGACCUCUCCUAGCAGAUGUCUUCAUGGGCAAAUUAGAGCGAUUCCAACUAAGCGAUCAGAUCGAUAAGCUUAAACAUUACGGUCGCUACGUUGAUGAUAUAUUUGCAAUUGCCACGGCAGAAACCGACGUAGCUAGCCUCUUAGAUGCGGCAAAUCAGGCACAUCCGUCGAUCAAAUUCACGCUGGAGAUCGAAACGGCCGGUUCGCUCCCUUUCUUAGAUGUUCUUCUAAGCAGGAGACCUGACGGCAGUGUCCGAAGAAGCGUCUAUCGGAAGAAAACCUGGUCUGGACAAUACACGAACUUUGCCAGUUUCGUACCCCACCAACAAAAACGAAAUCUAGUCCGAUGUCUGGCACAAAGAGCAAGAAAAAUUUACUCGACAGAUAGCAUCGAGGAGGAGCUCAGAAAAAUCCAGGACUUCCUUCGAGAAAACGGGUAUCCUGGCAGGUUCAUUGCAAAAAACAUUGCCGAAAGACCGGCCAAACCCGCCACACCGACCGCUGAAAAGAAAACUUUGUUCCUCAAAGUCCCUUUCCAAGGGGACGCGACGAGUGAACUCCUUAGGAGACGCCUUGAUCAAGCUGUCUCGCGAACCUUCCCAGCAGCAAGGGUUCAAAUAUCAUUCUCUACUAACCCUAUUUUACGCGGAGAAGGUAAGGAUAAGUUGCCACCGCAGACCACCUCAAUGUGCAUAUACUCCUUCACUUGCUCCUGUGGAGCAGGUUAUAUUGGUCGCACGAGUCGGCGCUUAUCCAAAAGAAUACGCGAACACCUCCCGGCAUGGCUAGGAAAAGGCGAAACGAGGAGUAUAAGCAGCGCCAUUCUCGCGCAUGUCGUCGAUUCCGGACAUCGUGUGGACCCCAACGAAGCUUUUCGUGUGAUUUAUAAGGUCCCAUCGAGCUACCCUAAGCUACUAGGCCAGCGCCUGUUAGCGACAGCGGAAGCGGCCGCCAUUAGGUUACGAAAGCCAACCUUAUGCGCUCAGAAGAACCACGUUCAGGCUCCGCGCCUACAGUGGUCGACGGCUGACUAACGGUGCAACUCCCCCCGCGCACUUGCGCUCUCACUCCGGCCCUGACAAUGACUAUUACUACCCCCACCCCCUCCCCCACAGUCCCCCACCCCGCCUUUGUUUAAGGAGUACUUUUAUCGACUUCUCUUAUGGCUUGCAUGUUUUACUUCUACCCCGUUCCUAUAUAACUGUAUUGGCCCGACGAGAAUUUAUCGAAAGCUACGUAUGCUCGCCAACUCGUCUUCUGAUUACUGCUAUGGGAAUUUUCGCAACUCUAAAAAGAGAUUUGUGUGACAAGUGAACACUACCGAAAUUGUGUUCGACUGAUGCAUUCUGUCGAUUUGUUGCGUUAUCAGGUCCAAAUUUGGCCAUAGUAACCGCAUAACUAAGACAAACCUCUUUUACGCAUGCAUGACGGGGUUGGCUGCCCGUCGUCUCUGUCGUUGUCGGUAUAUGUCAAAGCUGGAGUCGUUAGCCAGCACCUUUUACGCAACCUAGACAGCCUUGUUGACUUUAUUUUAGUUGCCGAUUCCCAACUGAUCGGUUGUUGCCCGACCAAAAUCAGCAGCAUUCUGUUGAAAUAGACUCUGGCUAGGCACCCAGUCGUUCCAUCCGUAUGACCCUCUCUUCGGAAACGCGCUAGACGCUAGAUUUGAGUGGAUAAGGCCUAAGGAGUCAAUUUUUCUUCUGACAGUGAACUACUUGUGAAGGCCAGUGUAAGUUAAAGCGUAGGGAACGCAAGUAAAAAAAUCUAAGCGGUCUACUUUAUGACUCGCCGUGAAGAGUAAUUCAAUUUACCGCAUCCCCUCCUCUUUUUCCUCAAAAGCUUUACGGAAGAUCCCUGUACGAUGCAAUCAAAAACGAAACAUCGGGAGACUUCCGGGAACUUCUGCUUGCAGUUCGUAAGUUCACAUCAUAGACAUCUGCUUACCCGCCAGUAAAGACUUCCUUGGAUUGCCGAGCGGGGAGUCUUUUAAAGGUUUCGUAGAUGCACGCGAUUCGUACUUUGCUUCUUUUUCUAAGCAACACUAGUACCUAAAUACAUAUAAAUCUGUUACAUUUUAAAGCACGCCUACUGGAAACUAUCAGCUUAAUUUUCUUUAAUCAGUGACCUACGCCUUGGAUCGACCUCAGUUCAUUUCUGAUACUCUUCGGGCCUCUAUGGCCGGCGCCGGCACUCGCGAUUCCAUGCUAAUGCGGCAGUUGGUGCUUCGCUCCGACGUAAGCGUAUUCCCCACACACAAUAUUGCUACUGAAAUAGCAUGAGUAGACUGGUUAACAAACAUCCCGUUUAUCUGCGUUUAGCUCGACCUGGAGAGCGUGAAACGCAAGUUUGAGGAAAUAAACGGGCAGUCACUUGAGCAGUGGAUUAUGGAUGACACCUCCGGCGACUACCAGCGUCUGUGUCUGGCACUGGCUGCCUCACCGAAUGACGUCUAG